UCCAUCGUGUGCACCGCCUCCGGUUGCUGGUGGGGAAGAUGGCGGAUGGUGGCGGCGGCGACGGCUCGUGAGGUAGUAGCUUCCGGGAUAGGAGAGCUCUGGACGUCGGGGCCCCACGACGCGGGGCUCCGUGAGCAGCUGUUUUAUCUUUCAAAACAUCAGUCACCAUGGCCACAGAAAUUGGCUCACCGCCGCGGUUUUUCCAUAUGCCAAGGUUUCAGCACCAGGCUCCUCGGCAACUGUUCUAUAAGAGACCCGAUGUUGCUCAGCAGCAAGCAAUGCAACAGCUCACUUUUGAUGGAAAACGUAUGAGAAAAGCUGUGAACCGAAAAACUAUAGACUAUAAUCCUUCUGUAAUCAAAUAUUUGGAGAAUAGAGUAUGGCAAAGAGACCAACAGGAUAUGCGGGCAAUUCAGCCUGAUGGAGGAUAUUAUAAUGAUCUGGUCCCACCAAUAGGGAUGUUGAACAAUCCUAUGAAUGCUGUUACAACAAAAUUUGUUAGGACAUCUACCAAUAAAGUAAAAUGUCCAGUUUUCGUUGUUAGGUGGACUCCUGAAGGGAGACGCUUAGUUACUGGGGCUUCUAGCGGAGAAUUCACCUUAUGGAAUGGGCUUACUUUCAACUUUGAAACAAUAUUACAGGCUCAUGACAGUCCAGUAAGGGCUAUGACUUGGUCACACAAUGACAUGUGGAUGUUGACAGCAGACCAUGGGGGAUAUGUGAAGUACUGGCAAUCCAACAUGAACAACGUCAAGAUGUUCCAGGCACAUAAGGAGGCGAUUAGAGAGGCCAGUUUCUCACCCACGGAUAAUAAAUUUGCUACAUGCUCUGAUGACGGCACUGUUAGAAUCUGGGACUUUCUACGUUGCCAUGAGGAGAGAAUUCUUCGAGGCCAUGGUGCUGAUGUCAAGUGUGUUGACUGGCACCCAACAAAGGGUUUAGUGGUUUCUGGAAGUAAAGAUAGUCAACAGCCAAUCAAAUUCUGGGAUCCAAAGACUGGCCAGAGCCUUGCUACACUACAUGCUCACAAAAACACUGUGAUGGAAGUCAAAUUAAACCUAAAUGGCAACUGGCUACUUACAGCAUCUCGUGAUCACCUCUGCAAACUCUUUGAUAUCCGAAAUCUGAAAGAAGAGCUUCAGGUCUUCAGGGGUCAUAAGAAGGAAGCCACAGCUGUGGCCUGGCAUCCAGUUCAUGAAGGCCUUUUUGCCAGUGGAGGGUCUGAUGGCUCAUUGCUGUUUUGGCAUGUUGGGGUGGAAAAGGAAGUGGGAGGUAUGGAAAUGGCCCAUGAAGGAAUGAUCUGGAGUUUGGCUUGGCAUCCUCUAGGACACAUUCUGUGCUCAGGAUCAAAUGAUCACACCAGCAAAUUCUGGACCCGCAAUCGUCCUGGAGAUAAAAUGCGAGAUCGUUAUAACCUCAACUUGCUUCCAGGAAUGUCAGAAGAUGGAGUAGAAUAUGAUGACCUAGAACCCAAUAGUCUUGCCGUGAUUCCAGGAAUGGGAAUACCUGAGCAACUGAAACUAGCCAUGGAACAAGAGCAGAUGGGGAAAGAUGAGACAAGUGAAAUUGAGAUGACUAUCCCAGGUUUGGACUGGGGAAUGGAGGAAGUGAUGCAAAAGGAUCAAAAGAAAGUACCACAAAAAAAAGUUCCCUACGCAAAACCAAUUCCAGCCCAGUUUCAACAGGCUUGGAUGCAGAAUAAAGUUCCUAUCCCAUCACCAGCUGAGCCACUGAAUGACCGAAAGGAAGAUCUUAAAAUGGAGGAGAAAAAGAAAUCUCAGGCAGAGAUUGAGCAGGAAAUGGCAGCACUUCAGUACACCAACCCACAGCUUCUAGAGCAACUAAAGAUUGAAAGGCUUGCACAGAAGCAAGCAGAGCAAGGUCAGCAGCAGCCACCUCCAGGAGGACCUGUUCAUGGAUCCCAGCAUUUCCCAGGACAAGGUCCAAUGUCUCAGGUGCCUCAAGGCUUUCAGCAGGCCCAUCCACCUCAGCAGAUGCCAAUGAAUAUGCCUCAAAUGGGACCACCUGGGCCACAGGGACAGUUCAGGCCUCCAGGACCUCAAGGACAAAUGGGACCCCAAGGUCCUCCAUUACACCAAGGAGGUGGUGGACCACCAGGGUUUGCUGGGCCCCAAGUACCUCCACAAGGACUGCCAAGACCUCAAGAACUUCACGGGCAUCAAGGAAUGCAGAGACAUCCUGGCCCACAUGGGCCAAUGGGCCCUCCUGGGCCACCUGGGCCACAGAGUAAUUCUGGACCUCAAGGCCACUUAGGGCCACAAGGCCCACCUGGCCCCCAGGCUCAUUUAGGUCAACAAGGUCCACCAACGUCACAAGGCCACUUAGGUCCUCAGGGGCCACCUGGUGGUCAGGGGCCACCUGGGCCAAGAGGGAUGCAAGGGCCUCAUGGAGUGCAAGGAGCUCAAGGGAUGCAGGGUCCUGUAUCUCAGGGGCCCUUGAUGGGACUUAAUCCAAGAGGCAUGCAGGGACCUCCAGGACCACGGGAGAACCAAGGACCUGGUCCACAGGGGAUGAUGAUGAGUCAUCCACCACAAGAAAUGAGAGGACCUCAUGGUUUACUGGGACAUGGCCCCCAGGAGAUGAGGGGGCCCCCACCUCAGGGUUCAAUGAUGGGACCUCCACAGGAAUUGCGUGGGCCACCAGGUGCACAAGGACAGCAGGGACCUCCACAAGGUAAUAUGGUAGCACCUCAAGGAAACAUGCAAGGGCCACCAGGGCCUCAAGGACAGCAGAAUCCUUCAAGGGGGCCACAUCCUUCUCAAGGCCCUCCACCUUUCCAGCAGCAGAAAACUCCCUUGCUUGGUGAUGGUCCUCGGGCCCCAUUCAAUCAGGAAGGACAAAAUACAGGUCCCCCACCAUUGAUACCAGGAUUGGGGCAGCAUGGGGGGCCUGGGCGUCAUAAUCAAGGACCUGGUCCUAAUAAAGGUGAUUCUCGUGGUCCACCAAAUCAUCACAUGGGCCCUCUCUCAGAAAGGAGGCAUGACCAGAACAGUGGUGGCCCAGAUCAUGGCCCUGAAAGGGGUCCCUUUCGAGGUAGCCAAGAAUGGGGUGAUGGUAGAGACAAUAGGGGCAUGCCAGACAGACGAGGCCCUCAUCCAGAUUUCCAUGAAGACUUUGACCGGCCAGAUGAAUUUCGUGAAGAUUUCCAUCCAGACAAGCGAUUUGGCCACCGUUUACGUGAAUUUGAGGGACGUGGAGGCCCGCCGCAAGAUGAGAAAUGGAGACGAGGUGGUCCAGGCCCUCCUUUCCCCCCUGAUCACAGGGAAUUCAAUGAGGGAGAUGGUAGAGGUCCAAACCGUGGACCUGCUGGGCCUUGGGAUGGACGGAGACCUUCAGAUGAGCGAUUUCCUCAUGAUCCUGAGGAUACACGGUAUCGAGGAAGAAGAGAUGAAAACUAUAGGAGAGGCACAUCCUCAAGACAUGAAGGCCGAGGACCUAGAGGAAGAGACAGUUUUCCUGGACCUGAUGACUUUGUGCCAGAAGAAAAUUUUGACUCAUCAGAGGAGAAUGCAAGAGGAAGAGAUCAUGGUGGCCGGGGACGAGGCCGCGGCACUCCGAGAGGAGGACGAAAAGGUUUGCUCCCCACUCCAGAUGAGUUUCCUCAUUUUGAAGGAGGACGAAUGGAUGGAAAUCGAGACCCAGGUCCCCGCCAGGAUCAUCCCCCUCAUGAUGGUCACUCUCCAGCGAGUAGAGAACGUUCUUCCUCACUCCAGGGAAUGGACAUGGCCUCACUGCCACCUCGCAAGCGUCCUUGGCAUGAUGGACCAGGAACCUCUGACCAUAGAGAAAUGGAAAUCCAAGGAGGGCCUCCAGAGGACAGAGGAAAAGGGCGUGGAAAGUCAGGUCCUUCACAGCGAAUGUCCAAAUCUGGGAGAUCCAGCUCUUUGGAAGGAGAGCACCAUGAUGGUUAUCAUAGAGAAGAAUCUUUUGGAGGACCUCAAGGAGGCAAUAAUCCUUCCAGAGGAGGAAGAAGUGGGAGUAACUGGGGAAGAGGAAGUAACAUGAACUCAAGCCAGUCAAGACGAGGAGGUUCUAGAGGUGGCGGAAGAGGUCGAUAGAAGAGGUUAUGACUGGGCAAGACCCAGUCUUCCUAGGACAGUAUUUAAAUACACCUGUUGCAGAAUCAUUGAGAAAGUAAUUCUGCAAUCUCACAAACCUGGACUCUAAAUGGAGAUAAAUGAAUGUGCAUUAGUUCCUAAGAGGUCUUCUCAAAGAUUAAAUGCCAGCUAGUAAUGCCAUCACAACUACCUUUGUUUCAUUCUCAUCAACCUGAUCCCUUGUCACUUCCAUAUUUCCUACAUUUGAAGAUAAAAGCUGGAUUUUUUUUAGUGUUGUGAGACAUGGAGCACCUCCACAGAUUUCAGUUCAUGUCCAGAACUUGUUUCUAUAUGUACAGUUGUCAGGAAAAAAGUUAAGUUGUUUUUGUAUGAAUACAGAAUGCAAUUUGUCCAAAAAUUAACAAAUGGAGUGUGUGAUUUUAUUACAUUUUUACAUCUCACUAGAAUCUCUCUCCUAAACUUCCUAUGUGAUAACUUCCACGUAGAGUAUACACUCAGCCACGAAACUAAGUCAUGGGUCUGUUUGGAUACAGAAGCAUUUAAGCCUCAUAAACUCAGUCUACAUGCUGAGGCAGUAGGUGAAAAUUACUUUUGCUCUGGUUGAUGGGAACCUCUUCCUUUCAUUAGUCUAAAUAGCCAGACUUCCAUCCAUGUAUUUCCUAAACGUGUGGACUGAUCCAGACUACCUGAGUUUACAUGAUAUAAAGAUAUCCACUAGAUUUGAUAAGGACACUGAUAAAUCCUGAUUCAAGAGCACAAGGAAAGACCUCCAUUGGACUAUAGAAAGUAUGGCUGAGCCCCUGUGAAAACUGCUAAGCAGCUUUUUAGAGACACUACACACAUUUGUGGCCUCCUGGAUUCAAAUGAUCACAGAAAAGUUCUAAAGUUGGGGGUUUCUGAAACAGUAAUUCAUCUAGCCAGCUUAAAACAGCUUUUUAAAAUGUAUACUCUGAGCAAACAUUCAGCACCCACUGUCAAAAAAGCAGUGGCUAGGUACAUUCAGAUAUAUUCUAAAUAUUUAGCUAAUGUAAGAGAC